AUGUCUGCACAAAGAUUGAAGAUUGGUUGCGCCGGCCUUGGGCGCAUGGGCAAGCGUCAUGCCCUGAACUUCUUGGAGCGUACACCCCGAGCUGAGCUCGUGGCCGCCAGCUCCCCAGACCCCGUCGAGCUCGAAUGGGCCAAGACACACCUUGAGCCCUUCGGUGUGCGUCUGUACCAGAACUAUGACGAUAUGCUCAAGCAAGAAGGAUUGGUGGCUGUGGUAGUUGCAUCUGCGACCGCUGUCCACGCCGAGCAAACUAUCAAGGCGAUCGCAGCAGACAAGCAUGUCUUGUGCGAAAAGCCUAUUUCUACCAGUGUCGAGGUGUCCCAAUCUGUCGUCGAUGCAGCAGCCAAGAAGCCUCACCUGAAGGUCAUGUGUGGCUUCUCCCGCCGCUUUGACAAGUCCUACAGAGAUGCCUUCAAUAAAAUGCAAUCCGGCUCAAUUGGCACAGCCUCAGUGCUUCGCAGCCAAACCUGCGACAAGCUAGAUCCAUCUGGUUUCUUCGUCGCCUACGCCGAAUUCUCCGGCGGAAUCUUCGUCGACUGCUCCAUCCACGACAUCGAUCUUACCCUAUGGUUCUUCGGCGGUGACACCAAAGUCAAGUCCGUUUCAGCCGUCGGCAUCACAGCUGUCGAGCCCGAUCUGCGCAAGCACAAUGAUCGCGAUAACGCCGUUGGCCUGGUAGAGUUCUACGAUGGCCGCAUGGCUUUCUUCUAUGCUUCUCGUAUGAUGGCCGCUGGUCAGGAAGAUGUUACCGAGAUCAUUGGUACGAAGGGCAAGCUGGCGGUUAACACACAGCCUGCGAUGAACCAUGUUAAUAUCUACGAUGAGACUGGUAUUCGUCGUGAGAUCCCUCAGACAUAUUACGAUCGCUUUGAAUAUGCCUUUGUUACUGAGGCGAAUGAGUUCUCUGCGGCUUGCCUUGAUGAUACUGCAUUGCCUAUUGAACUUGACAGCUCUGUCAAGGCUGUCAGGAUUGGCGCUGCGCUGCAGGAGUCUUUGAUUACCCAACAGAAGAUCUUCUUUGAUGAAAAUGGCAACCGGACUGAGUUGUCUCGUCUGUGA